GUGACUUCCUCGAAUCCCCCUGGCUGAGUUUCAAUAUAUAGCAUUGUAACAGUUUUCCAAAACUAAUUUCUCAUAACAUUUACUUAGUCAAGGAACAUCUUUCUUUCUUUUCAUAUUAACUUUAAACAUAUUAUCCUAUAACAUCACAUAUUUAAAUCCUGAGCCAAUCUGGUAAUUUCAAAUAUUUCUAUUUAAGUUAUCUUAGCAUAUUUAGCGAAAUAGUCUUUGAAUUUCAUCCAUUCCUCUCUCCUUGGGGUUUCCAGACAGGCUGGGGGGGUGGGUGAGGCCGUGAGCCUUGAAGGGGACCCUGCCAGCCUCUCCCCCCCUCCUGCUCACCCUCCGCUCUGCCCCCUCCCCAGUGCAUCCCCUACGUCAUCACCCAGGCCCGGGACGCCAUGCUGCAAAUCAUCGAGUGGCGCUUCCUGGUGCGAGACGAGGGCGAGGCCGGGGUGCCUGCGGAGCCCACCUGGCAGGAGGACGAGGAGCCUGUGGCCGGCAUCACCGACUCCUGGGCCCAGGGCUCUGUGCCUGUGCUGCAAGCCAUGCCGCGCCCGGAGGAGCCAGAGGUUCCCAGACUCCCAGAGGAAGUUCCUCAACUCCCGAAGGAGUCCCCCGUUGCCAAAGAGGAGCCCGCAGGCCCCUCCGAUAUUGCUGCUCAGGGCUUCCCCCUGGGGACCCCCAGGUGGGAGGCAGAGAAGCUGGCCCAGGAGUCCUUGAAGGAGGUACGCCCGCCAGGUCCCGCAGCAGCAAGGCGGGGCUGA